AUGGCUCGGGUGGUUGGUGCCUCCGGCGCUUGCGCGCUGCUCGUCGUCCUGCUCGUCGCGUGUGCCGCUUCCGCAGCGCGCACCGAGCCGGGCGCCGCGCGGCAGCUGUGGGACGACGGGAGGAAGGUGGGGGGAAGGACGGAGGUGAGGGACGUGGAGGGCGACAGGGAGGUGCAGGAGCUUGGGCGGUACUCCGUGGAGGAGCACAACCGGCGCCGGGAGGAGGGCUGCGAGGGCGGCGGCGGCGGCGUCUGCGCCCGGCUGGAGUUCGCCCGCGUGGUGUCCGCGCAGCGCCAGGUGGUCUCCGGAAUCAAGUACUACCUCCGUGUCGCGGCCGCCGUGGACAACGGCGCAGGGAGCAAUGGCAUCAGCGAUGGACGCGUGUUCGACGCCGUGGUGGUCGUGAAGCCCUGGCUCCAGUCCCGCGCGCUGGUCAGGUUCGCGCCGGCCGACUCCAACUGA